AUGUCGGGGCGGCGGGCGCGGGGCCCGCUGCAGCGGGUGCAGCGGCGGAGCCGGGAGCUGCAGGCGCAGGUGGAGGCGCUGCGGGCGGAGAGCGCGGCCCCGGCCCCCGGGCAGCAGAAGGCCCUUUCGCAGAGAUGUAUGCAGCUGAAGAAAUUGGUGGAUGAGAAUACAAAUGCUCUUCAUAAUUUGAAGAAAGCUGAUGAGCCUGCGCCCGUGGGGAAUUAUAAUCAGAGGAAAGAAGAAGAAGAAAAGCUGUUGCUAAAACUCUCUCGGCAGCUGCAGAAACUUAUUCUUGUCUUGGAUCAGGAUAAUGUGGCUAUGAAUUAUGCAGUGGAUGAGGAGCAUCAGAAAGAUCCUCAAAUAGAAGACAAAAAUAGAGAAGAGGAUGAGAGUGAAGAUGAAGAAGGUAGUGAGGAGGAAGACAGUGAAGAAACAGAUGAUGAAGACGAGGAUAAAUUGUUGGAUGAUCCAAAUGUUAAAGAAUGUAUCGCAGUUGGAAACUUCGAUGCACAGCAGGAAGGGGAUCUCACUUUUACGAAAGGUGAAGUCCUCCUUAUACAUGACAAGAAGGCAGAUGGCUGGUGGGUAGCCGAGAACUCGAAAGGGGAGAGAGGCCUUGUUCCUAGAACCUAUCUUGCGGUCCGUAAUGAAGAUGUCGACAGCCAAGAGCAAAGUGAAGAACACAUAGAAGUGGUGGAUGAAACAGCAGAUGGAACUGAAAUUAUGAAAAGAACAGAUUCUCACUGGAGUGCUGUAAGAAGAGCUAUCACAGAGAAUGACGCAGUAGAGGUACUGGCAACCAUAGGAGCAGUUCCUGCAGGAUUCCGCCUAUCCACACUUUUCCAGCUCUUAGAAGAAGGCAAUCAGUUUCGAGCAAGUUACUUUUUGCAGCCUGAACUUACUCCAUCACAGUUGGCUUUCAAAGACUUGGUGUGGAACUCUGAAAAGAAUACUAUCUAUCCUAGACCAACUCGAAUAUCCCUGAUUGUAACUUUAAGUAGCUGUAAAAUGAUUCCUCUCCCAGGAGUCAGUUUACAGGUUCUCAGUAGACAUGUUCGACUCUGUCUGUUCGACGGCAAUCGGGUGCUGAGUAACAUUCACACAGUGAGAGCUACGUGGCAACCUAAAAAUCCUCAAACGUGGACCUUUUCUCCACGGGUAACAGGAAUUUUACCCAGCUUGCUGGAUGGUGACUGUUUUGUCAGAUCCAACUCUCUGUCUUCAGACAUUGGUAUAUUAUUUGAACUUGGCAUCACCUAUAUUCGCAAUUCAACAGGUGAAAGAGGAGAGCUAAGCUGUGGCUGGGCAUUUCUGAAGCUUUUUACUUCUAACGGAAUGCCUGUUCCUUCCAAGAUGUAUGAGCUGCUAUUAAAUGGUGGUACUCCCUAUGAGAGAGGCGUUGAGGUUGACCCAUCAAUAUCAAGAAGAGCAGGCAGUGGUGUUUUUCAUCAGUUUAUAACUCUAAAGAAACAGCCUGUGCUUGCAGUGAAACUGAGGUCAUUAAGUGCGCAGUCAAAAGACAUCCUGAAUUUGUUACCAGAAACGUUAAUUGGCAGCAUGUGCUACAUCCAUCUCUUGAUAUUUUAUCGACAAAUACUUGGUGAUGCACUCCUGAAAGACAGAAUAAGCAAGCAAAGCACAGAUUUAAUCUGUAAUCCUAUUUUAGCAACUUUCCCUCAACUCAUGGAUCAACCAGACCUGAUGGAUGCACUUCGGAGCGCUUGGGCAGAUAAAGAAAGAACGUUGAAGAGAUCUGAGAAGAGAGAUCGAGAAUUUCUGAAGUCUCUGUUUGUCCUGGUGUACCACGACUCUGUCUUCCCCCUCCUCCAGUCCACUUUCCUCCCUGACUACAAGUGGGCUGAGGAAGAGUCGGAAGCAUUGCGCUGGAAGGUGAUUGCUGACUUUCUGAAAAAGAGCCAAGAGAACGAUAGUGCACUUCAGUAUCUGCUGUCGUCAGAAAACACUCACAAAGCCUUUGAUAUCUCAGAGCUGGCUUACGAUUUCUUAGGGGAAGCGAGGAAAAACAAUCCUGAAAUAUGAAUGGAUUACAGAAGAACAAUUGAG